AUGGGUACUCUUAAUGUGUACAUUUUACUAUGCAUAGCCGCUGCAGUUUAUUGUGGGCCUGUGCCAGAUUUGACUGCCCAAGAUGAGAAUUUUGCAGAGAACUACCUGAAAAAAUUCUACGACCUAAAGGACCAAAGUGGCCCAACUGCCAGACGGGCGAUAAGCCAACUCAGUCGAAAGUUGAGUGACAUGCAGAGAUUUUUCGGUUUACAAAUCACUGGGACGCUUGAUGCUGACACCAUGGAGAUGAUGAAAAAGGCCCGUUGUGGCGUUCCUGACAGUACUCCUGCCGGUUUCACUACUUUUGGAACUGCCUUUAAGUGGCAAACAAAUAGUCUGACGUACAGGAUUGAGAACUACACACCAGAUAUGUCACAGGCAGAAGUUGAUGACUCCAUAGAAAGAGCCCUGGACGUUUGGGCUAAAGUUACGCCUCUUAGAUUCACUCGAAUCUACAGUGGAACAGCGGACAUCAUGAUCUCAUUUGGUCGUCUGUCACAUGGUGAUUUUUACCCCUUUGACGGCCCUGAUGGAACUCUGGCUCAUGCCUUCGCUCCAUCUUCUGGCAUUGGAGGAGAUGCUCACUUCGACGAGGAUGAAACCUUCACUUUCCGCUCAAAUGCUGGAAGAGUUCUUUUCCUGGUGGCAGCCCAUGAGUUUGGUCACUCAUUGGGAUUGUCUCAUUCUCAGGACCCAGGUGCUCUUAUGUACCCUAUAUACUCCUACACAAACCCAUCCAGCUUUCGUCUUCCACAAGAUGAUAUUAACGGAAUUCAGGCUCUUUAUGGUCCCAAUCCUGAUACUGAUACUGAAACAAACCCUGAUAAGCCCCUACCUCCUUCCACUCCUGAUGCUUGUGAUCAAACCAUGGUGCUGGAUGCUGUAGCUACCCUAAGAGGAGAGAUGCUCUUCUUCAAAGACAGGUUCUUUUGGAGAGUCUACCCUCAGAGCAGUACUCCUCAGCAAACUUUCAUCACGAACCUGUGGCCCAAUGCCCCCAGCACAAUUGAUGCUGCUUAUGAAAGCCAACUGUCAGGGAAUAUUUUCCUCUUCAAAGGUCGUCGCGUUUGGGCCUUCCGGGGCUACGAUCUUGUUCAAGGAUAUCCUAAGCCAAUAACAAUUUUUGGUCUGCCCAAACAAGUGAAAAAAAUUGAUGCAGCUAUGUAUGAUGUGGAAUCACAGAGGACACUAUUCUUUGUUGGUAGAUCUUACUACAGCUAUGACGAAGCCAGUAAGAAGAUUGACAUGGAAUCCCCCAAACGUGUUGAUCAGACCUUUUCUGGCUUUACCGGGAAGGUGACCGCAGCUUUUCAGUACAGAGGUUUUGCCUACAUCUACAGUGGACCCCAAAUGUUUGAGUAUAGCUUGAGCAGUGGGACGUUUUACCGUGUUUUGGGAAACAACUAUUUCCUGCCCUGCAAUAACUUCUAG